GACAGGCUGCUACAGAAGACACUGAUGGAUCACGGAGUGCUGAUCGUGUUUCUGUGGCUCUGGAGCUCAGUGGUACCUGAUGACGUCAGGUUGGUGGGCGGAGCCAGCCGCUGUGCUGGGAUCCUGAUGAGGAGAGAUGGAGGCGACUGGAGAGCAAUGAAUGUUUCUCUGUCUGAGUGGAACCUGAUGUCUGCAGCAGACUCUGUCAGACUGGUGAACGGAACUGGUCUGUGUUCAGGCAGACUGGAGGUGAAGUCUGGACAGCGGUGGUCCCCAGUGUGUGAAGAGGACUUGGACCUGCAGAGUGCUCAGGUGGUCUGUAGGGAGCUCGGCUGUGGGUCUCCUUCAGUCUUCAAGGGGGGAAUGUUUGGUGAAGUGGAGGCUCCAUUCUGGAGUAAGAAGUUCCAGUGUGAAGGCCACGAGUCUGCUCUCCUGAAUUGUCCAAACUCAGGGUUGACUGGAAACACCUGUCCACCUGCUAGAGCCGUUGGGCUCACCUGCUCAGACCCUGAUGAUGAAGUCCGGUUGGUGAGAGGAUCCAGCAAAUGCUCUGGCAGAUUAGAGUGGAAACACCAUGGGCAGUGGAGACCAGUGGAUCCUUAUUACCCUUCCUGGAAUCUAGAGGAUACAGCAGCGAUUUGUAGAAGACUUGACUGUGGCUCUGCUGUUACAACAAGAUGGAUAAAGGAAUCCUUUGAAAGAUCUGUGUGGGGGAUCAACUCUGAUUGUGUGCAGUUUAAAUCUACAUUAAAGGAAUGUGUGACAACAUUGGAUCAGUCCAUAGAGUCUGAUCUGGAAAUCACCUGCUCAGACUCUGUCAGACUGGUGAACGAGGCUGGUCUGUGUUCAGGCAGACUGGAGGUGAAGUCUGGACAGCAGUGGUCCCCAGUGUGUGAAGAGGACUUGGACCUGCAGAGUGCUCAGGUGGUCUGUAGGGAGCUCGGCUGUGGGGCUCCUUCAGUCUUCAAGGGGGGAAUGUUUGGUGAAGGGGAGGCUCCAUUCUGGAGUAAGAAGUUCCAGUGUGAAGGCCACGAGUCUGCUCUCCUGAAUUGCCCAAACUCAGGGUUGACUGGAAACACCUGUCCACCUGCCAGAGCCGUUGGGCUCACCUGCUCAGACCCUGAUGAUGAAGUCCGGUUGAUGGGAGGAUCCAGCAAUUGCUCUGGUAGAUUAGAGUUGAAACACCAUGGACAGUGGAGACCAGUGGAUUCCUGGUACCGUUCCUGGAAUCUAGAGGAUACAGCUGUGAUUUGUAGAAGACUCGACUGUGGCCCUGCUGUUUCAACAAGAUGGAUAGAGGAAUCCUCUCAAAGAUCUGUGUGGAGCAUCAACCCUGGAUGUGUUCAGGCUAAAUCUGCAUUAAAAGAAUGUGUGUCAACAUUGGAUAAGUCCAGUGAGUUUGGCCUGGAAAUCACCUGCUCAGACUCUGUCAGACUGGUGAACAGGGCUGGUCUGUGUUCAGGCAGACUGGAGGUGAAGUCUGGACAGCAGUGGUCCCCAGUGUGUGAAGAGGACUUGGACCUGCAGAGUGCUCAGGUGGUCUGUAGGGAGCUCAGCUGUGGGUCUCCUUCAGUCUUCAAGGGGGGAAUGUUUGGUGAAGUGGAGGCUCCAUUCCAGAGUAAGAAGUUCCAGUGUGAAGGCCAUGAGUCCACCCUCCUGAAUUGUCCAAACUCAGGGUUGACUGGAAACACCUGUCCACCUGCAAGAGCCGUUGGGCUCAUAUGCUCAGGUUGA